GGAACAACCGUACAGCAUUAGUGUCAGAGUGAGUGUCUCGUACACUGCAGUAGGACUGCAGUAGGACUUCAGCCAUGAUGCACCCCCGGACUUUCAGAGUAGAUUAUGACCACGUUACAAGCGUCGUAUGCGUGGUGGGCUCGGGACUUAACGUGAACCUGAACAGGAGUGCACCUCCAGGCUCUGAGUUCUUCUCUGUGAAGAGCACUGCCACUGUUCAGUACAGCAUCAGCCCCCGACCUCAGGAGACCUCCCACCUGUCUCCCAUCCCUCUUAAGGGAAACUCAGCCCUUCUCAUCUGCAUGAGCCAUGCCAGUGAUUAUGAAAAUGAUGGCAAGUUGUCUAUCCGAUACUAUGGGGAGAAGAAAGAUGUUUUGGGGAGGGCCCUCAUGCACCUGACAGCGGUUGAGAUCUCUCUGGAUGUGGAUGCAGACAGAGACGGUGUUGUGGAGAAAAACAACGCUAAUAAGGGAUCAUGGAAAUGGGGUUCAAAUGGUCACGGAGCCAUCCUAUUGGUCAACUGUGACUCGGAGUGGAUGUUCUUGAAGAAACCAGAUAGCGAGCAGGACCAGGUCUCCAAAGUGUCAGAUCUGAAGGACAUGUCUCUCAUGGUGCUGCGGACCAAAGGCCCGGCCAAACUCCCAGAGGGCUACAAGCUCACCAUGCACAUCUCUCAGGGCGACGCAGAGAGCGUCAGGGUCUUCAGGGCCAGAUCCUCUGGAGUGGAGAGCAAUUCAAUGCAGAAACUCUUCAACCUUUUUGUGAAGGAAUAUCCUCUGGUGCUGAGCAAUGAGGUCCUGUCCCAGGAGGUGCCUUACCUCGGAGGCGUCUCGGAGAUGAAGUUUUACGUGGAGGGCCUCAGGUAUCCUGACAAAGACUUCGAUGGGCUCAUCAGCAUCAACCUCAGUCUGCUAGAGCCCAUCUCUGAGGGUCUCCCUGAGACGCCAAUUUUCACAGACACAGCCGUGUUCAGAGUGGCACCUUGGAUCAUGACACCCAACACCCUGCAGCCUGUGGAGGUGUUUGUCUGCUGCACAUCUGAUAACUACCAGUUCCUUAAAGGAAUGAGGAACCUUGUCACAAAGAGCGGUUACAAGCUUAAGAUCUGCCAUGAGUAUAUGAACAGAGAAGAUCGCUGGAUGCAGGACGAGCUGGAGUUUGGAUACAUCGACUCACCUCAUCACGGGUUUCCUGUUGUUCUGGAUUCUCCUCGUGAUCGUGGUCUCAAGGAUUUUCCAUACGAUGAGCUGCUGGGCCCCGACUUUGGCUAUGUGACAAGGGUGGCCCAAAGAGAAGACGUAAGCAGUUUGGACUCAUUCGGUAAUCUGGAGGUUAGUCCUCCCGUUACCGUCAAUGGGAAAAACUACCCCCUGGGCAGAAUCCUCAUCGGAGUGGCUUUCCCUACGGCCACUAAAGGACGCAACAUGACCAAAGUAGUCCAAGACUUCUUGUGGGCUCAGAAGGUUCAGGAGCCCGUUGCCUUAUUCUCUGACUGGCUUUUAGUCGGCCACAUAGAUGAAUUCAUGAGUUUUGUUCCUGCACCUGACAGAAAGGGAUUCCGGCUGCUGCUGGCCAGCCCGGACGCAGGCUACAAACUAUUCAGAGGCUUACAGAGGGAUGGACACGGGCAAGCCAAACUGUUCGAGGGUCUGAAAGAUGAAGAACAACAAACAGUGGAUGAGAUUCUGAAUGACAAAGGGCUCGCAGCUGAAAAUAACUACGUGCAGAGCUGCAUUGACUGGAACAGAGAUGUGCUGAAGCGAGAGCUGGGCCUGGACGACGAGGACAUCAUCGACCUGCCAAUCCUCUUCAAGUUAGUGAUGGACAACAAGGCUGAGACUGAGCUCAGAGCCGUGGCUUACUACCCCGACAUGGUGAACAUGAUCGUCUUGGGGAAAAACCUGGGCAUUCCGAAGCCCUUUGGCCCCAAGGUGAAUGGACGCUGUGCCCUGGAGGUGGAGAUGUGCUCCCUGAUGGAGGGCCUGGGUCUCAGCUGCACCUUCAUCGACGCCUUCGCCUCCUACCAUAAAAACCUGGGAGAGGUGCACUGCGGCUCCAACGUCCGUAGGGAACCGUUUGACUUCAAGUGGUGGAACCUGGAGAUGUGAAUAAAAACUGAUCCGUGGGUGGAGAAGGGUUAGAGGACCAGAUUCAGGUUCAAGAAAACAAACGCAGCCCCUCUCAUUUUCUUGCCUUACAUUUUCUCUAAAAUCAUGAAACGCUUUAUUUUCUCAUAGUCUUGCAAUGCGUGCCAAUCUCCCCCCCCCCCCCCC